AUGAGGUUCUAGAUCUAAAAAUAUUCUGCUAAUUUAAUAAUAAGAAUAAGAAGGUGCUCCAAAAUAAUAGGCUAAACCACAAGUAUAAAAAUUGAUAUUACUAUUUGAAGUGGACCAUCCUAAAAAUAAAAAUCACUUAUAGAAAAUUACCAGUUCUUAUCUAAGAUUUUGCCUCAAACUAAUAAACCAAAGUUUGAUGAGUUAUAAAGCUGAAAAAAAUGAGGAAUACCAUUAUGAAUUAAUUUUUAAAAUCAUAGAAUUCUACAUAAUAAAAGGAAUUUAAUAUGCAUAAUAUUUUUUAUAGAAUAAAUUGGAAUUUCUUUAAAUUAUUUAUCUGAAUAUAUUCCAUAUGUGA